UGAAAAAGAAACAGGAAGUACAAGGAUAGGGUAUGAGUGAAGUGGUGACAUUUCAGUUUUAUGAGAUAAAAAUGUGUGUUUUAUUUAUAUUUGGGUUUGCGAUUUCACUGCUGUUCGUGGAGGUGAGCGAGGGCACUACAUUAGAGAUGAACCUGUCUUUAAAAGGUGCGGAAUGGGUCAGAAAAGACGUGCUGUGGAGUCUAGAAGCAGAUGAUCAGUUUCUGUCGGUGCCCGAGUCUCCUUACUCCCUCGGCCAGUUCUCGCUGGGUUUUCUAGACGAGCUUGAGGUCGGUAACCAGUGCCAGGAGCUCCUUUAUAGUUUUACCAUUAAAUGCGUGUCGCUGGUAGACUGCACCCUCAGACACGCCCGUCCUGUCCGGGUGUGUGAGAAUUGUUACCAAAACUUCAACAACCUCCAGGAAAUAUAUCGCAAUAUUUCCCAGGAAAGCCUGGUGAAUGUGAGCUGCAGAGACACUCUGCUAAGGUCAGACAGGCUGCAGGUCAUUGUCUCUGUUUAUGAGUUUCUAAAUGGGCUCUGGGGCAAAUCUGAAUGUUCAAGGUGUUUAACCAAGGAGGACAGCAUUUCCAAUGAUACAAUCAACUUUAUGAAUGCACUCAAUCAGUCACUAGAUUGCUUUCAGAAGUUUCAACAGUUAGGAAACCUCUCUGAACUGUGUAAACAAUGCAAAGGAAACUACAGCAGGCUCAGUGAGCUGUACAACCAGAUGGAAAAGAACUUCACGCUUUGCAUAGAUAUUGAGGAUGCAAUGAAUAUGACCCGCAGACUGUGGAGCAAGAAUUUCAAUUGUUCGUUCCCCCGGGAAGAGACGGUCCCCGUCAUUGCAGUGUCCAGUUUCAUGCUCUUUCUGCCCAUCAUCUUCUACUUGAGUAGCUUCCUUCACUCCAAACAAAAGAAACGCAAGCUCAUACCCCCUAAACGUGCAAAAUCGAGCAACAAUCUGAUGAACAUUCAAGACAAAUAAAGCUGAGCACUGAUCAAACAAAACUGUGGAAGCAGAAAACAUGGGAGUGAAGAGACGUUUUGUCAGUAUUAUGUGAAGUGACAUGUAACUGCUGCAAAAAUGUUUAAAAAGGACAUAAAUGCUACCAUUUUUGGGGUUUUUUUUGGGUGGAGGGGGGAGGUUAUUGCUUUUAAUUUAUAGCGUUAAAUCCUAUUCACCUUACUUGGCCUCCUGAAGAUGCCCUUUCUUCAUUACAAAUUAUCAAGAAGGUGGGAUACAAAUCCUCAGCAAUUUCAUAACCAGCGGCAAUAGGAUUAUUUAGGCUUUGUUUUCAGAGGGGUCUUACAAACCAGUUUUACAGACGGGAGGGGCGGAGGCUAAAAAAAGAUGAGGUUUUGCAGUAAGAAACUGAGAUUCAAAAAAACGAAUCUUCAUGUUCAUCUCUAACCACUAGGUUAUGCUGUAUAAAAACACAUCACAGCCAGUCAUUUAUAUUUUUAAUAAUGACAGAAACAUGGUGGAAUAUAAAUUGAUUGUGGGGGGAGAAAACAGUAAGGGCUAGAAACCUCUGCUGAUCUGCUUAUCAGUAUCAUACCUGCCAUUCCAAUCGAAUAUAUGGAAGUAAUGUAGGCUUCAAUAAUAGGGCUUUAUACACUUACCCUGUGAUUUAUAUUUUAAUUAUUGGUCUUCUGCCCCUAUAGUGUUGGAUAUUAAAAAAGUACCAAAUAACAAAACAAACAAUAACUGAUAACAUUUGUUGUUUUCUGUGCAGUUUUGUCAAGAAGUAAUUACCAAAAUUUUUUUGUUAUUUUGUACUUUAGAACUACGGUAUGCAUAUUAACCUGGAUUCAUUU